AUGUUCGUGGAUCGGUCCCGACUUCACAGUACUAAAAUCGACCUAGAUGGCUUUAGGGUGGACGGGAAUUUCCGCCAGCUCGUCCUAAAGCCUAAGGAAAAGAAAUACAAAAUCAGCGCUGGCGGCGAGAAAGCGGACCAAUUCGUCUUUUACUUAAGAGGGUUUAAGGCGGCGGAAGACGCACUACAAGAGGUGGAGAAAGAAUCUCAGAUGGUAGGAGCACGGGGACAGAAUCCUCGCUGGGCUCGGACAGUCGAGGACGCGCCUAUAGAUCUUCCUACUUGGUACAAUACCCGGCUUCACACGCCAGCCAUUGGGGUUGUCCAGCGAGCGAUCGAUGUUGGACCGCUAGGGAAAGGCGCGUUUGGCGAAGUGCGGAAAGCUGUGGACCGCGAUUCGGGAUGCUUCAUCGCGGUCAAGAAAAUUGAAUUACCCCCCCGAGUUGAGUUUGCGGUGUCGAACGAAGAGGUCCUAUUACGACGUGAAGUCAAAGUUCUUUCCAGCAUUUCUCACAAAAAUAUCGUCGAAUACCUUGGUUCAUCGGGUUGGGACACCGAUAUCGUCAACAUCUAUAUGAGCCUGAAACCGGGAAACCUCUACGAUUUACUCAAGGAAACGCCGAGCGUACGUACUAAUGAUCCCGUUAUUACUCGACUCUACCAUGAAAUGCUCGAGGCGCUAGAUUAUCUCGCCUUCCGAGGCUGGAUCUAUCGGGACGUUAAGCUCGAAAAUAUUCUCUAUACCCCAUCUGGCGACGACAACUACCUCUUCCAAUUAGCAGAUUUUGGCCUUGCCAAUCGGCAACGCCUUGCAAAGACAUAA